AUGAAGGCAAUAGGCUGCAGUUAUUAUGGGGGAAUAGAUGCUGUUCAGCUGCUUGAUGAUGUGCCUAUCCCAUCUGUAAAGAAACCUGAUGAACUUUUGAUACAAGUGAAGGCAGCUUCUGUAGAUCCUGUUGAUAUUCUUAUAUGUUCUGGCUAUGGAAGAGUGCUGCGUAGACUACUCCACAGGUAUAAUAGUAAUGUGAAACAAGAAUUUCCAAUUGUGUUGGGUAGAGACUGUGCCGGCAUUGUCAUAGAAAUUGGUCAGAAGGUCAAUCAUUUUGAUAUUGGUGAUGAAGUAUGGUUUUCUAUUCCAUACUGGCUCUCUGGAACUCUUGCUGAAUAUGUUGUUAUAACAGAAAACUUAAUAGCUAAAAAGCCUAAGGGAAUCAGAUUUGAAGUUGCAGCAAGUGUCCCAUAUUCAGGAAUGAUUGCAUGGAAUGCAGUUGUUUCUCAGGCUCAUCUGAAUUCCGUAGCUGCUAGUGGGAAAAGAGUAUUAGUCCAUACUGGAUGUACAGCUGUUGGAGUGAUAAUACUGCAGCUUGCACGUCUGUGGGGUGUUCAUGUAACUGUGACUUGUCCACACAGGGCAAUACCAGUUGCACAAGCUUUAGGUGCAGACUGUAUUGUUACUGACCAGCAGCCAGAUGUUGAGAAGCAGCUUUCAGAGCAUGAUAGGUUUGAUUUUGUCUUCAAUACAGUUGGACAUGCAGCUGAUGACCUGUGCCUAAAAUUUUGCAAAGAUGAUGGCCUUGUUAUAACAACUGUAGCAAGCCCAUUAGCUGCUGACAACUAUGGGUUCAUUUUUCGAUUGUUGUACAGCCUCUGGGUUCGCUUAAAAUGCUUUUUUAGGGUCUGUGUUGGGGCUAAUGCUUGGAGUUUAAUGGAUGAAUCUCCUGUAUCACUGAAUGAAUUAGGAAAAUUAGUAGAAGAUGGAAGUCUGCAGCCAGUUGUGGACAAAAUAUUUUCACCUCAGGAUGCAGAACUUGCCUUCCAGCAUGCUGACUCUUGUGAUGCAGUUGGAAAGACAAUAAUAAGGUUCAGAUCUCCAAAUGGCUGUACAUGUGGAGCUUAUGCACCCUAG